AAAAUACUUCUUUUAUGACUCGUCAAAAAAUGAUCGUUUAUUAUAAAACGCUCUUUUAUUGUAAAAUCAAAUGUUGAAAUCUUUUGUUGCGGUUGUUACUAACGAACAAUAUUAUUCUGGUUAUAUUUUAUUUAUUCGAUAAAGUUAAUAAUGCAACUAGAAAAUAAAAAAGAAGUUGGCUCAUCAAGCGCAGAAGCUAGCUCAUCGAGCGCAGAGGAAACGUAUAUUACAAAACCAAACUUUUCCAAAUAUUUUUUUAACAAGGAAUUUUCAGAAGUAAUAUCCAAGAAACAACAAUUUAGACGCGUUUCAAGCGAUUUUAAAAGUAUGUUGCAAGCAGAUAAACCUUCAUGUAUUAUUCCAACAAAAAAUACUGAGCAAGUAAAUGAAAAUUGUUUUGUAAACAAAAAUAUUGAGAUAAGUGAUAACAAUAACAAAUUUAUUGACACAAAUGGCGUCAAAUUUGAUGAUAAAAUCGUUUUAAAUUCCGGAAACAAAACGAGUGACUUGUGCUUAAGCAAGACAUUUGACGAUUUAAUAGAAAAACUAAACUGUCUGCAAUCUGAACUAAACGACACUAUAUUGAAAGAAACGCUUAUCAAUACUGACAAAAUUUCAGAUGAAAUGCUACACAAAAGAAGUUUUAGCGACGUAUCUUCUUGCUUUAACAAAGAAACGUUAUAUCAAAGCAAAAGCAAAAACGAGUUUAACUGUUCGUUUGAAAAGUCGAAAAAUGCAGACAAAGUAUCAUGCUUAGAUUCUUUGUGCAUCAAAGACACAAACUUGGGUAUCUUUUAUGGCUCGUUUGAUGAUUCUGAGACAAACUCAAAUUUUUCAACCAAAAAUGGAAGUCUUAGCGUGGGAGAUUUGACUUCUUAUGAGUUUUAUGAUCAAUCUGAUGUUUUUAGAGAUAGCGACGUUGCCGAUGGUGAAAUCAGCGACGCAAGUGAUGAAGUAAAUCAACAAACAAACAAACCAAAAAGGUUAUCCAAACGCUCGUUUAUUGGCGAAAGCGUAAGCGUUGACAUUUACAACGAAGAUGAAGGUUAUGUUUCAAAUAAAAGUAGACGCAAUGGUUUAAAUUUGGAUUCAAAUAGCGACGAAGACGAGUUUUUAACGGAUUUAAUUGAAUUCAAAAAAAAAUAUGAAAAGUCUAAACAUUCUGCCAUACGUAUUGCAAAAUCAGUUGAAAAUAUUUUACGUUUAGACAAAACAAACUGGAACAGAAAUCGGUCGAUGAGCGAUCCAAAAAGUCCUAAAGGUGCAAAUGAUCCUAAAAGUACAAAAUUUUUCAAGAAAAGGAUUUUUCUGAAACAGGAUAAGCAACACACGGCUGAUUCAACUGAGUACUCUCAUGAUACGAACAAUCAUAAAAACAGGAGGCUAAGCAUUUCGUUAAUAGAAGACACAGCAAAAAAAUUAUCUGGAAUAAAUGAAAUUUAUUUAGACGAACAUGGUCAUGUUAUCAAAAAAGUAAAAAUAAAAAAAUUGCAAGGACAAUCUCUUGGAUUUUUUAUUCGAUCGGGAAACGGUAUGGAUAGUAAUCACAAAGGCAUUUUUGUUUCUCGAGUUACUCUAGGAAGUUUUGCUGACGUUAACAAUUUACUUUAUGCUGGCGAUGAAAUUUUACGUGUAAACCAGAAUGAAGUUAAUAACCUUUCUUUGGAAGAAAUAGUGGCAAUGAUGCAAGAAUCAAAUGAUUUAUUCAUAGAAACAAAAUCAGCUUUGCCUUUACCCAUGCAUUCAAAGCCAAAGUUUCAUAAAACUGAUUCAUCGUGUCUAAAAUCUUCCUACACUCUCUCGGUUGAUAAUUUACUAAAUAAAACAUCAAAGAAUGAUUUAACUCGCAGUUUCAGUGUACAAUCUGGAAAAAUAACAUCCGAACCAAACAGUUAUGAAUCGUUACUUAAAAAAUAUAAAGAAUUUGAAAGUUAUGCUUCAUCUAAAACUAGAGGAAAAAAUGAAAUCAAAUCGCAAAAAAGUACCCCUGAGCGAAAUCUUUCAAAAAGUAAACACAACAAUAUUGGUUCGUUAUCAAACCUUGGGGCAAAUUGGUUUUACAAAACCGUAGAUAUUGAUACUUCAUCUUUAUCAGAUUCAAACGAGGAUAUUCGAAUAUAUGAUAGUGACAAAAUAGAUUCAGUGCAAAGAAAACAUUAUACUGGAAGUCUCAAUAUUUCUAUUCACAAAAUAACCGGUUGUCGAGAGCAAGGUUGGUUUUCGUGUAGCUUAGAAAUUGACGGUGAAGCCAAAGCAAACACAUCGUCAAGAAUAAUGGAGGAGAAUUUAGAAAUUGAAGAAUCAUUUGAAAUUGAAGUCAAUCAAGCUGUAUUAAUAGAACUGAAAUUGUUCUUAAAUAAAAAAGAAAAGCCGAGCGAUGUUGGUAAAAUAUAUUUAGGAAAACUGUUUGCUUAUGAAAACCAAGCUCAAAUAAUAUUGAAAACUGAUAAAUAUGGAAUAAAAUUAAAAUUGACCCUUGAGUUCAUAGAAAUUGAAAGUUUUUUAAAACGUGCACCAUCAAGACGCGUAAAAGGUGUGUUUGGUUUCAACAUAGCGCAAACACUGAUCGAUGACGGGAAUACUAUUCCUCUUAUAGUUAGAAAGUGCGUCGAAGAGAUUGAGACGAAUGGUCUUUCUUUAGAAGGUAUUUAUCGCAUCAGUGGGAAUGCACGAAAAAAAAAAAUUCUGCGCGCAAAAUUUGAAGAAAAAAACUUUAGUAACGAUGACGUAGAAGAGUUUGACUGUCAUGUGUUUUCAGGCGUUCUAAAAGAUUACCUUAGGGAGUUGCCUCAACCUUUAAUUUCUCAAAAACUAUUUUUAAAGAUAUAUGAAAAGUCACUUCAAAACGAUAGAAAAAGUUACAACGACGCUGUGUUAUUAGACGCAAUGAGGAGUGUUCACUACUCCAACAGAGCGACACUAAUUUACAUUAUAGAACAUUUGUUAAGAGUAGCUUCUAAAAAAGACGAAAACAAAAUGGAUUUUAAAAAUUUAGCUGUCUGUUUUGGUCCUGUGAUGAUGUGUCCUCCAUCUCAAACUUCUGCAAUGCUAGACUUCAAGAAACAAGUUGAUGCCUUAGAGUAUCUACUUGAAAUUUGGCCUAAAUCAGCCCCCCAAAAUCAAGUUUAAUUAUGGUUUUGAAGAAAGCAGAAUUAAUACAAUGACAAAAUUGAAUUCUUUAAUUCUUAAAUUUGAAACUUUUUAAAUUUUUAACUUUGAAACAAAUUAGAUAUAGCAUUUGAAUUAAUUAACAAAGUAGAUAACGCAUUUUUUUACGUCGAUAAACAAAAAAGAUUAAAAACUAUUUUUGUUAAUCAUAAAUAAUAAUAUGUAAAAUAAAAAUACAUUUAUGGGUUUAAAAGUUUUACUUCAAAACGUUUUUUGUGUGCUUGUAUUUUAAAGUAUAUUUAUUUUAUAUUUAUUUGUGAAUAUUUUUUUUAAACAUGUAAAAAAAAAUGUAAAAAUUUUAAUAAAUAAACCAAUUAUCUAAAUUUAUUAAAA